CAAGGGUUCGAGGUGUUGACCCAGGAGUGUGUGUGGAGGCUGACCAAGAAUAAUCCAUUGUGUAUUUGAGUUAAUUUAUGAUUUAUACUAGUUAAUUACUCAUAAUUUACCUCAUUUAAGUGGUUAUUAACUCUCCUAGGCUCGGACGAAGUGGAUCAGUUGUAAACAAACAGCGGACAACAACACGCAGAUUAUUUGGAAGAGUUUUUAUGAUGGAAGGUCUGGAAAAAGAUAUGGCAUCGGCAAGUCUGUGUGGUAAAGAGGAGGAGGAAGAGGAGGAAAUGUAUGAGAUUAAGGAGAAGGAAGACACAUCUCGGUCCACCACGCCCGACAGUGACGACUCGUUCCAUUCACUCGAAGACGAAGACCGAGGAGUACCAAACUGUCCGUCAGAGCUCAGAGCACCAGAAGAAACAGAUGAGUCAUCAGAAGACUCUCAGUCAUCAAACGUUCCAAUAAUUGAGCCGGAAGACGGAUCCCAGAGCUGUGAUGGUCACUCAGAUGAUAAGACAACUGAGGCACCUUGUGAGCAGGACCAGGAGAAGGAGCAGGAACAGGACCAGGAGCAGGAACAGGAGCAGGAGAAGGAGCAGGAGCAGGAGGACGACGAGGACUCAGUGGACGAGGAGUACCUCAAGGAUCUUGAGCUGAAUUUGAGCGAAGAGGAAAAGAGUGUAAAGAGAGAUGAGAGCCUGACUCAGAAGGAAAGUGGCAAUGACAGCUUCAGGAAUGGUCAGUUCCAAGAAGCCGUGGCUGCAUACACUGCUGGUCUCAGACUCUGCCCCUUGUCGUACCCCAAAGAUCGUGCUAUACUCUACUCUAACAGAGCUGCGGCAAAGGUCAAGAUGGACCUGAAGAAGGAGGCGAUCAGCGACUGUAAUAAGGCCGUAGAACUCCACGACACGUACACAAAGGCCAUAUUGAGGCGUGCAACACUCAACGAAGAAACGGACAAUUUAGACGAGGCGCUGAAAGACUUCCGGCGAGUAUUGGAAUUAGACCCAAGUCAUAAGGAAUCCGAGGAGGCUGUUAGAAGAUUGCCGGAUAUGAUUAAUGAGAGGAACGAGAAACUCAAGGAAGAAAUGAUGGGUAAGCUGAAGGAUCUAGGUAAUGUAUUCCUUCGACCCUUUGGGCUGUCAACCUCAAACUUUGAACUCCAGCAAGACCCCAACUCUGGAGGAUAUAAUAUCAGUUUUAAGCAAAAUUCUCCAAACAGCUAGUAGUGUGCACUUCAGUAAUAGUUUUAUUAUUUAAAAAUACAUAUAUUUGAAUAUAUAGAACAGGAAUGUGGAGAUUUGUGUGACUAUAUUUUGUUAUGAUAAUGGUGCAACCUAGCAACUUUUUUUUCAGUGACUGAGAUUUAAGAAGGAGUUAAGUGGAAGGUCUUUCUCAUUUUUGUAUAGGUUGAUCAUCUUGAAGUUUUGGUAGAUGUAUUAAGCUACUGAAGAGGGAGUAGUAGCUGUGUUGAACCUUACAAAGUAUUACCAAAGACCUGUUGGCAUUGCAAUGUUUGACCAAAUGUGGUUGAUGAAAAAAUGCUUAUACUGUAACUCACUUAUUUUGUCAUGUCGUACAAUUAUGAAUCUUUCAUAAGUACUGUACUGAUAGAGCUUCUGCCUCAGUGAAAUUUCAACGUUUGGCCAGAAUGAUCCAUCCUAACCUAACCUAACCAUUAAGAAUGGCAGUCAGUCCUAAUGGGUGGGUUAGGUUAGGUUGGAACAUACUGGGUCUUAGGCACAUUUGGCUUGCCACCAAACUUGUGAAUUAAUACCAAGCAUGCAAGUGUUAUCUCUGAUUUAUAACAUUAGACUCAGCAGUUAGUGUGUGGCUGUGGCUUAUGUAGUGUGUGAAGCUUAAGGAAAUGAUUACAUUUGGAGCUGUCACUUGUGUCUUUCACGAAUGAACACACUCCCUGAAACACUGUAAAAACUUGAGUUAUAUACUCACUAUAAGUAUCUCUUUACCUGAUUUAUGCUCUUAAGUAUACAGUACUGUACAUGAUACUGAAACAUAGAAAAAUAACUCUUUGUUUAAUUGUUCGAGUAAUUCAGAGAAAGUCUGACUUGCUUUAUAUUAUUAUUUGAAGGCAAUUAUAUUGUUAAUUAUUUUUAUAUCUUGUGAUUGUUAGAUAUAAUGUACUGUACAUAUCUUGGGAGCUGUUUGUCUUGAUAAAGGUUUAGCACUUAUCCUGUAGAACAUUUUGCCUACAGUUUUGCAGUUCUUUAAUUUUAAGCCAAAUUUGUAUUAUCCAGGGUAGAAGCUAUUCUACACAGUUAGGGUAUUCCACAUCUUUGCACUUUAAAUUAUGCCAAGCCAAAUAAAACACCAAAGCAUCAA